AUGGCCGCCGAAGCACAAGUGAAACUAAAGGAUUUCGGGAGUAUCUUCUCUCUUGAAGGGAAAGUUGCCGUUGUUACUGGCGGUUCAAGAGGACUCGGUCUCCAUGCUGCUAGCGGCCUUCUCCAAGCUGGCUGCUCAAAGGUUUACAUCACUUCCAGAAAAGCGAAAGCCUGUCACGAAGCCGUCGCCGCCCUAAAUGCUUUGCCUAACAAACGGUCAGGUGCUCAGGCAUUCUCCGUGCCGGCAGAUAGCUCCAAGAUGUCUGAAAUUGAACGGCUUGUGGCAGAGGUCAGCAAGACAACAGACCAUGUGGAUAUCCUCUUUGCCAAUGCGGGAGCCACCUGGGGUGAGAAGUUCGACACUCACCCUGAACACGCCUUCCAGAAGGUGAUGGACCUGAACGUUAAGAGUGUCUUUUACACGGUGCAAAAGUUUGCACCACUACUUGAAAAAUCAGCUUCCGUCGAAUCUACUUCUCGUGUGAUAAUCACCGCAUCCGUUGCUGGGAUUGGCAUAGGCACUAUGGGCGACAAUGCCACCUUCAGUUAUUCGACAUCCAAAGCUGCGGCCAUACACCUGGCAAAGAAUCUUGCUGUCGCUCUUGGACCAAGGCAUAUCCUUACUAACGCUAUCGCGCCGGGUUUUUACCCAUCUAAGAUGGCAAAUGGACUCAUAGAGAAGCAGGGAGGUGUCGAGUCAAUGGCUGCAAGUACGCCUAAUGGCAAAUUGGGAGAACCUGAGGACAUUGCAGCACUCGUUGUAUUCCUGGCUGGUAGAGGUGCGAGCCAUAUCAACGGUGCAGUUAUCACCACAGAUGGCGGAUCUGUGCUCAAGGGAAGGAUGUGA